CGCGUCUCCUAGACCGGCCAACCAAAAGGCAAUACUGAGCUCGGUCUAGGGAUGACGUGGUAGAACAUCUCCUUAUUUUUCCAAUCCAUCGCUUCAUAGACCCGAGUCGAUGGAGACGCGACCUCUUCUUCAUGCUAGGGUUUUGAGCGUUUACUUAAUGGCUUCUUCGUUCUCUCUCUCCCCCUGAUUCCUCUUUGCAAGAGCAAUGUCGAGGGAGGAGAAGAAGGAGAAGGAGAAGGAGAGUGUGUUAGUGAUCUCGAUCUCGUCCACGUCUUCGUCCUCGUCCUAUGGCGAGGAAGAAGAAGAGGAGGAGGAGGUGGAGGUGAGGUCGGCGGAGGAGAAAGGGAGGGACGACGAUGAGUGUUGCAUACUCCCCUCCGAUCCCUUCGCCGACGAUCUCAUCCUCAACCUCUCGCUUUGCCAACGCAACGACGACGGCGAUGAUCUCGCCAUUCUCUUCGUACGAGGCCAAGUGGCUUGUAGAGAUCUUCCCCACCAAAGAAAUCUCUGUGCAGAAUAUCCCUUUAGCAAGACACCUCAUGAGAGCUAUUGUCCGAAGUGUUUCUGCUAUGUCUGCGAGAAAAUAGCUCCCUGUGAGGCUUGGAAGGGACCUCUAGGACACUGCCAUGCAACUGACCAAGAAAAGAAAUGGAAGGAUAUGAGGAAGGCUCAGCAAUCAGCUCAAGCACAGGAAAUUAAGCCUUGCUCUGGAGUGUAAGAUCCCCUAAGCACCUCAUCCAUAUUAGCACCUCAUUGAAAUGGGGAUGUUGGCGUUGGAGUAAAAACCAUUAAGCAUCACUGCUGGUUAAUGGCAUUUUGGGUUCUUUAGGGGCUAAGCUUGGUACUAGCUAUCUGCACAGUGCACCUCUUCGAGAGAAGGUUGAUUUUUUGAGCAAAUAAUUUAUACUCCACGUACAUGUUUAUGUUUUUGUUUAGAGUUUGCAAUUGUAAAGUUCCUGUAGUUUGUAAAUUUAGUUUUACCAUCUUUUUGUUGCCCGAGAAAUCUACCGAACGACUUGAUAGGCUACAGGUGUUGUCUUCCUCGCACAUGUUGGGUUUUCUCCCAGUUACGUGGCUGAUGAGACACUGUUUACUAACAUCUAUAGAAGAGAAGAUAAAUUACUUUGAUGCAGCGAUCAAUGCUUUUUUUGAGUGAAGUGCAGGAUAGGGACUAGUGAUGAAUUAACCAUUCUAAUGAUAAGUUUAUUGCUAUUAAUAAGGUUGAUGGCUUCUCAUGACCAUUUGAUUUUCCGAUGUAAGUUAAGAAGUGGCUAAACUUCACAUGGAAAUAUCACCCGCUGGGCCUUUUCUCA